AUGUUUAAGAAUACAUUCCAGUCUGGGUUUCUAUCGAUUCUCUACAGCCUUGGGACCAAGCCGUUGCAGAUAUGGGACAAGGAAGUUGUUGAUGGGCACAUUAAAAGACCCCAGGAUGAAGAUAUUAAGUCUAACGUUCUUGAAAUUGUUGGAACAAAUGUGCAAUCAACGUAUAUCACUUGCCCAGCUGACCCUGCUGCCACUCUUGGAAUUAAGCUUCCAUUUCUUGCCCUCGUUGUGAAGAAUCUUAAAAAAUACUUCACAUUUGAGGUCCAAGUUUUGGAUGACAAGAAUGUUCGCCGACGAUUCCGAGCAUCAAAUUUUCAAUCUGUCACAAGGGUAAAGCCAUACAUAUGCACGAUGCCUUUGAAGCUUGACGAUGGCUGGAACAACAUCCAGUUGAAUCUCUUGGACCUGACAAAAAGAGCCUAUGGCACAAACUACGUCGAGACGCUCCGCGUGCAAGUCCAUGCAAACUGCCGGCUCCGUAGGGUCUACUUCUCCGACCGCCUCUACUCGGAAGAGGAGCUGCCGGCCGAGUUCAAGCUCUACCUUCCAAUUCAGAAAUCAUAG